CAAAUGGAUCGUGGACUGGAAUGUUUGGAAAACUUCAGAAUGGGGAGGCUGAUGUUUGCGGGUCAUCCGCUAUUGUGACACCAGAACGCAAAGAGGUCGUAGACUUCUCUGAAUACGUCUACAUCGACCACUUCAGUACUGCCUACAGGGAACCAACGAUCGAACCGAACGUUUUUGGGUUUAUUCAGCCCUUUACUCAUCAAGUCUGGAUCAUCCUUUUUGCUGCGACGCUCCUAUUCGCUGUGAGCGUACACGCAGCGCAUAAGAUUAUACAUGCAUUGAAAAAACGAGAUCGCGGACAUGCCGUGCCAUCCUUGUCCAACGAUGUCUUCCUGGUGAUGCGACAUCUGCUCGGGCAAGCUGAAAAAAGCAAAGGGCUCGAGGCAGGGUCAGGCCUGCUCCUCGUUAUCACGUGGCUCUUCGCCACGUUCAUCGUGUGCACCGUGUAUCAGUCCAACCUGGUCGCCAUGCUCGUCAUCCCUCAAGUGAAAAUACCUUUCGACUCCAUCGAAGAAAUGCUAAAUCAGGACAAAUUACCUUUUCGUGUCACCGGCAACUCUUUCAUAGAUGAUGCAAUGAAGGAAUCAGAGCCGGGCACUCAGCUGCAUCGGAUGUACGAGAAGCAUGACGGCUACGGGUACAGGCUAGACGAAGUCAUCACCAACCUCCUCACGGGGCGCUAUGCUUUUGUAACCAACCGCAACGUCGUCCUCGCUGUCAUGGCAAACUUUUUCUCCAAGACCGCCAGGUGCGGCAUACAGGUCACCACGGAAGCCAUCCUGGACGUGCAGUUCGCGUUUGUGUUCUCGAAGACCUUCCCUUGGCAGAAGGAGAUUGACAACGUGCUUGUGCGGUGGCGGGAAGCUGGCGUGCUGGACAAGAUGCUGGCAGAAGAGCUAGGCAGGAACGUGUCGGCGUGCAUCAUACCAGGCGCUAGGAUCAGGAAAGAGAUCUCCCUCAGGCCGCUCGAGAUCGCUGACUUCUACGGCGUGUUUGCCCUAUUCCUACUAGGAAUAACGAUUUCGGCGACUGUGUUCGGCUUUGAGAUCCUGGUUAAUCGCUUAUGUAAAAAGACGUUCGUCGCCACCGCUUCGCUAUCAGAGUGAAAAAGAUUUGGCAGAAAAAUCCAGCUCUCUUGAACAAAUGCCAACGACCUGAAUUUCUGAUUUGGACCUUAUAGCUACUGGCACGAACAUACAACACAACGGACGAAUUUAAUCAAUUGAAAAUUCUGAUGGAUCAUGUAUCGUCUAUAUAUACAAUUCUGAGGGAUCAAAAUUUAAGAAAAUUUUCAAAGGAGAGGUCUUCAUGGCGUCACAUUAAAGAGCGCGACUGAGUAUACAUUGUCUUCACUCGCUGUCGACUCGUGCCCGAGCAGGGACCUCUGUUUCUGCGCUAAUAUUUGCCAUUAAUGUUCUGAUUGAAUGAAUUCUAAAGUAAAACUCGACUGCAAUCUUUAGGGUAGCUUACACGAAAUUCGGCCUGAGAAUAAAACCUACCUUUGAAAUUUGAGCGGACUUAACUCCGCUUGAAGAUCUUCAUGCUUGCGUGGUUUUCAAAGAUGACAAUAAACCUUUAAAGAUGC